AUGGAAUUUCAGUCCGUGUUAUCUGCUGUUUAUAGCAUUUUCAUAUUGGCGUCACUAUUCGGGAACUCGAUGAUCAUCCACAUCAUACGAACAAAUAACUCCAUGAAAACUACCACCAACUAUUUGAUUUUGAAUCAGGCUUGCGGUGAUCUCUACCGAACAUUAGUUGAAUUAAAAAAUAUUACCUUUCGUUCAAUGGGAAAUAAGUGGUUUGGAGGAUUCUUAGGUUUGAUAACCUGCAAGUUGUUUCUGGCGAACUUGUUUCUUCCAACCAUCUUUUCAGUUUGGAUUCUUGCACUUAUUGCUGUUGAUCGCUUUUAUGCGGUGACUCGAACUAUGCGCACAUCGCAUUUGUCACAACAUUUAAAGAAGAUAGUUUUUACACUGUGGAUAUGGUCGCUAGCUUCUUCUGCAGACGUUCUUAUUAAGGGAAGCAUGAAAAGGACUGGAGACCAUUUCGUUUGCUAUUUAGAACACAUCUUCGAACAGUGGAAACUAUUUUACUCUAUCACUGUGACUCUGAAUUUGUUCCUGCCUCUUGUUACAAUGGCGUUUCUCUAUGGGAUUGUUUGCUCUAAAUUAUGGUCUCGUGAGGUACCAGGAGAAGGAACCAAUCAGAAUCGAAGACAAGCUGAGGCCAUUAAAACAGCAAGAAAAGUUACACUGAUGAUGAUUACGCUCGUGGCGUUGUAUUUGUUGUGUUUCUUUCCUUUUUACAUCGGAAUCACGCUGAAAUUUUUUGGUUAUGUGCACAUCAAUCCAAAUAAGUUAGCUUCAAGUCUGUUGCUAGUAGCAUUUGCAUACAGCGGAAUCAAUCCUUACGUCUACUUCAUCUACAGUAGGAACUUUCGAAACGGAUUUAAAAAUCAUUGUAGAAAUUGCUGUAAGAGAUCACGGGUUGAUGUUGCUGUUUUUUUCCGAGCUAAAAAUAUCGAGCUGCAGGAAAUACCGGUUGAACAACCCUAAACAUUUAUCGCGGGUACGUUUUUAUUCGAUGGGAUGGGUCUAAGUUGUUUUUAAGUAAGCCAGCAACACACAUACAAAGACAUAGAGAGGAGGGAUAAAAACAAAUGGUCAGGAAACAUAUCAAAAACUACAAGGCUUGGGGGCGUAGGAUCCUUUGUGUCAAAGACCGGACAAAUAAUUAUUAUAUAGAGGUGAUAGUGAAUCACUUGUUGACAAUAAGAUAAUAUUGAAGAUUAUUCUACCAAAAUAAAUGCAUAGCAUAUAUCUACCGGUUCUAAGAUUUUCCAUAUUGUCAUGAAUAUUUCAACUCGUCUUGCUCUACGUUCCUAGCAAUAUGCACACAUUUACUUGUUUGGCGCUCCUCAAUAUUUCGAAUUCAGUCUCACCGCUAAUUCUUUCUUAAAUGUGCCCCUUUUUAUUGAUGGAAAUUAAUUUCCUAUAUUUUUCUCUGAAGGAUGUGGCACAUUGAGAGGCAGUAGGAAUAUGGUUUUUGGGAAAGACAAUUUACUUAAAAAUAAAUUUUUCUUAUAAUGAUAAACAUAUAUGUAUUGAAUACUCCAUACAGUAAAUGGACUCUGAUGAUGACUUCCACUCAGGUUGUCGAAACGUCAGUCACCACUACCGACAAGAGUCCUUCACAGGCUGCAGUCACCCGGACGUUCAAAAUACACUUUUCAUACUCCAUACAGUAUUGCCUUUCCUUUAGGCAGGAAGUAGUAAAUCAAAUUUAUUUGGAUCUAUGUACUGUGUGUUUAGCAUUGCACGUGAUAUUGAAUUUUCUUUGAAAGAGAACAAAUAAAAUAAAACAAAAAAAAAAUCACUACUUAGAUCAAUAAGUUAUGCUGUAUGCAGCAAUCAACUUUGGUUUUAACUUACUCGAGAUUAUCAAAUCGCACUCUCGCGAUUUUUUUCAUCACUCGUAUGAUUACAGACCAAAUUUGGACUCCACUUGGUCCUAUUACCAAAGAGCUCUUUGAAAACCACUGCAAGCCACGAAUGGUUUUAUGUCAUUUCUUCAACUGAUGAAGACUAUUCAUUACAUUUCAUAAAGCAGGUUGUGGUUUGGAGAAAAUGCAGUUGCAGAUUUUACUUGCAAGUUCUUUCUGACAAGCUUAUUUGUUCUACCUGACUUCUCAAUUUGAUUACUCGUAGUGAUUGGUAUCGAUCGCUAUUACGUAGUGAGUCGACCUCUGCAAAGAUCUCCCGUAUCUUGAAAAUGCUAAUAAUAAUAUUGUAGGUAUCAGGUUUUCUUUCAUCGACUAA